CCUACCGCUAGUUCGCAGGGACAAAUGACUUGGCAGCAGCCGCUUGUACGAGGCUUCGCGGAAGAGGAAGCAGCCGACAAAGAAGUAGCACAAUUUGCUGGCCAUGAUUACAGUCGCCGUUCAGCAACAGUUGGAGCACUGCGUAUUUGCUUUCCCAAGUCGCCUAUUAACAGCACGUAUAUGUACAGCAGGCCCCACAAAGUUACUAUACUAAUAAUAAUAAUAAUACAAAUGUGCCCUAGCUGGGCCACAGUCGUCCCACAUGGCUUUCUCAGCUCACGGCCUGUGACUCGUCUCUCCUCCCUGGGUUAGGAUCCUCCUCCCCGGUGUCACAAGCUGAGGAGGGGCCUGCAAGUCUCCGCCCUCUAUGCUCUCAUCGGCCUCACUCCGGACCGGGCGCUGGACGUGGGGCGAUCGAAGAUGGGUUUCACCGGGUAACUGCAGCCUUUGGGGCGGGCUGAGGAGCAGCCGAUCCUGCUGCCGGUGGCCAUAGUUUCCAGACAUUUUUUUUAUUAUUUUUUAUUUUGUUUAUUUGGUGCUGGUAUGGCCAUGGUGUCUGGGGGCUGGGGAGACCCCAACGGAGACACUAAUGGUGUGGGGAAGGGAUACCCCAGGAAUUCUGAAGAAGAAGAGGCCUCACCUCAGGGAGGAAUGAGUGACCCCGAGCAGGGUGAUGAAGAACGCCCAGGGAUCCAAGUGGACUGCGUGGUUUGUGGAGAUAAAUCCAGCGGGAAGCAUUACGGGGUUUUCACCUGUGAGGGAUGCAAAAGUUUCUUUAAAAGGAGUAUCCGCAGGAACCUCAGUUACACGUGUAGGUCAAACCGGGAUUGUCAGAUUGAUCAGCAUCACCGAAACCAGUGUCAGUACUGCCGACUGAAGAAGUGCUUCAGAGUGGGCAUGAGGAAAGAAGCUGUCCAGCGAGGUCGCAUCCCACCUUCACAUUCCAGUGCCAGUCCCACUUCUGCUCCAGGAACAGGCGAGUACUUCAACGGACAGCCAGUCUCUGAACUAAUCUCUCAACUUCUGCGAGCUGAACCAUAUCCCGCUUCCCGCUAUGGUUCCCAGUACACUCAACAGGGUAGUGUGAUGGGCAUUGAUAAUAUCUGUGAGCUGGCAGCACGGCUUCUCUUCAGCACUGUUGAGUGGUCAAGGAGCAUCCCCUAUUUCCCAGAACUUGCAAUGGCUGAUCAGGUCUCCUUGCUUCGACUGAGCUGGAGUGAACUGUUUGUACUAAAUGCUGCACAGUCUGCUCUUCCACUUCACAUGGCUCCACUUUUGGCUGCUGCUGGAUUCCAUGCUUCUCCAAUGUCUGCUGACCGAGUCGUCUCAUUUAUGGAUCAGAUUCGUCUCUUCCAGGACCAGGUUGAGAAGCUUAACCGCCUGCAGGUGGACUCGGCUGAAUAUGCUUGCUUAAAAGCCAUUGCACUCUUCACUUCAGAUGCCUGUGGCCUCACAGAUCCAGCUCAUGUGGAAAGCCUUCAAGAGAAAGCCCAGGUAGCCCUCACAGAGUAUGUUCGAGCCCAGUAUCCCUCUCAGCCACAGCGCUUUGGGCGUCUCCUCUUAAGGCUGCCUGCACUCCGAGCUGUUCCUGCAUCACUUAUAUCUCAGCUCUUCUUCAUGAGGCUCGUUGGCAAGACCCCAAUAGAAACACUUAUUAGGGACAUGCUUCUCUCUGGGAGCAGUUUUAAUUGGCCAUACUCAUCUGGUCAAUAGCAUCACCAGAUGCUUGAAUGCAAUAAUAUUGACUUGGUCCCCACCAUGGACACUUGGUGGCAGGCCUUUGCCUGUUUCUGGAGUUCAGGCUCGACCUCUUUUGCAAGUCACAAGGGCACUUCCAAAUUUCAUGAGGAGACAACAUGUCUACAGACCCAUGAAUUUUCUCUCUGUUGAUAAUGUGUUUGGGUUAUUUCAAGGCUAAGAAACUUACUGGCAGAAUGCCUCCUACAUUUCCUACUUACCUGUAUAGAUAGAUUACUGUAGGAUGUUCUAAAGGUGCUCUAAAAUAUACUUUAAGCACCAAGAUUUUAGAUCACCACAAGUGCUCAUCUAUAAGGAUUUUUCUGCCUCUGAGAAUACAUCUUAGUCCACACCAUGUCUACCUCUUGAAUGAACACUAAUUUCCCAGAAGACAGAUGAUUUGUUCUUUGAAUACAGCUUCCAGGAUUUUCUUCCACAAUAUGGAGAGGAUGUUGAUUUCGAACAUAUUUUAUGGUCACUUAACUCUUGUUAAAUCCAGUGUCAGAGAAGUCCAUUUAAAAUCUUCUGGUGUUGGAAGGACUAAAUGAAGCUGUGUAUCAGGGGCAUGAUUGUCUUGUAAUAUUAUUAAGAAAUCAACUGCCAUUUUUUUUUUUAAAUGCAUAUCUUUCCCAAUCCAUUUUUUUUAAUUUGCCCUGAUGUACAGGUCUUUUAAAGGUUUGAAACACUGAAAUAAUACUUAUAGAGUUUAUCUUUUUAUCUUUACUCUGAAAUUGUUUGUUCUGAAAUAUUUUUCUUUUACUAGCUCUAACCAAAUUGUUUCCUUAACAUCAUUUUUGAUACCUAUUAGUGCAAGGUAAGUCACUGUCCUUAAUUACCCUGCAUUUUCUCAGUGUGGUCAAAAAUCAAUUUUGUCUUCUCUUUUUUCUAAGAAAAAACCCAAAAAACAAUGAUGGCUAAAUUCCUUCAUAUGAAGUCUUUUUUUAUAACCGUGUAGUACAAAAUCUUUGGGAGCAAAUCAACCAUGUAAGUUGGAAUUGAAACAGUUCUUGUUGUGCAGUAGAUGGUGCAUUACACGGGUGAGUGCAGGGUCAGCGUUUUUUUAACAGCCAAGAUAGAGUUCUGUUUGGCCUUGCAUCAACACCUCAAGAAAAUCUUCUGCUAUAGUUCACAUGACCAUUCUGCAGGUCAUUGAUUAUUGUCUAUGGCCCAUAGUUCUUAAAAUAAUUUGUGCGUUUGUGCUGUCAUAUUGUUAUUGUCUGAUUUCAAUCAGAAAAGGAGAGUAAGAUAAAAUAAAACAUACCCUUUAGGGUCAGGGCACACACUCAGAUUCAGGGAGAUUAGUUGCCCGGACGACAAGUCUCCUCUUCUUCGGUGCGACUAAUCUUCCCUAACUGCCUCCUGCUUGCUAGAGGAAACUAGGGCGGCUUUGGGAAACGAAGCACUCCGAGUGUCAUCCCGCGGGCUAUUUACAUUCUAGCCGACGGGAGGCAGUUUGGGGAGAUUAGUCGCACCGAAGAAGAGGAGAUUUGUCGCCGGGUGACUAUUCUCCCCAAAUCUGAGCAUAUGCCCUGACCCCUAAAAGAUUAUAAGGGCUGUGUCGAUAAUGGUACUUAAAAUGCAUCACUUUAUGUGUAUACACUAAUCUGUUGCUCUCUUUUAUCUAUGUUAACUUUUUUUUUAAGAGACUUUAUAUCUUCAGUUUCAAAUGUGUGUG